AUGCAUCGUCAGCCAGUUAUUUUUUCCAACCAAACAAUCGAUGACCCUCUCCACUUCAACCAUCUGAUGAUGGUUCAAGAACGCUACAUGCAAGAAAAUCGUCCACACAACCUCCGAUCAGCUUGGGAUGAUGAUGAUGAUCAUCCAGAAUACUACUCAAUUCCUCAGGAGGAUUCCGAAUAUGGGCGAGAAAACAUUCCACCCUCCACAGAGGAUGAGAUUCAGAGGGAAAACUUUCUAGCCUUGGAUAACCAUGUUGAAGAAGAAGAAUCUGACGAUGAUGAGCCACAGCCGCUAUCGGUUCUCUUUAUGAUCUUGCCUGUUGGGGAUGAGGAAGAGCUGGAUAAUUUGGAUGUAGAGUUCAUCAGGAUUUCGGAGAUGUCUUUCCUGGAAGCAUCGGAAAGAUCGGAUCAACAUAGCAAUUUGAAAGAAGAAACCAUCUUGGAGCAUCUCAGAACAAGAAAAUAUCGAAAGACAACUGAUCACAGUGCUGAUGAAGAGGGUGAAAUCUGCGUUGUAUGCCAAGGGGAAUUUGAAGAUGGGGAGACAAUAGCAGAGCUUGAAUGCGGACAUGAAUACCAUUCUGAUUGCAUCAAAAACUGGUUGCAGCGGAGGAACUUUUGUCCAAUGUGCAAGCGCACAGCAAUUGAACAAAAAAGCUGCUAA